CUUGUAUAAAAGUCACAAUUGUCUUUUUACGAAUGUAACACAUUGGAAACAAUGCUAAACGAAAACGAUCAUAGGUAUACAUCGACUUGUAUGCAUUAUGCAUCUCUGGAACCGCCCUAAUCGGCCCGACGUCGUCGAUGCCCUGCGUUCCUUUCCCAAGCAUUAGCUCGUACGCAUCGCCACGCAAAUUGCAUACGCACGCCUCGUUGCGAGUGCCCCAGCACUGUUUACCAUUUUCGAGCGAACCUGCGACGAAGGAACGUGUGGGCCAGGAGUGGACGCGUACGUAUAGCUGGCUGGAGGAUAAAAAAAGAAGCUAGGGUCGAAACGCGACGUGAGAAUGGUGGGGACUUGAGCAGAUGUUUGGUCCAUGGCACGAGGGCUCCAGUUCCCUAUAGGGUGCCGCGCCAUAAACUACCCUCGGACUCGUUCCCGACGGCAGACGUACAAUAGACUCGGUCGUGAGCCGGCCUUAAGGGCAACGUCACGCGAGGAGACGCGUAGACUCGCGUACGAGGCUGAAUUCGCCGGAGUCGCCUUCGAGGCUCGCCUCUUCCACCACGUGGACUCUGCAGACGCGCCUUCCCGUGAAUCAUCGUCGCGUUGCAUCGACCGAAUCGUGUGCCGUGCGAUUCGAUUCUGCUAUCAGUUGUCAUUUCUGCGCGAGUGAACCGCAGGUUCGGGGUAACUUCCCUGACGAGUGCUCGGGGGGUCGAUCGGUCUCGAUCGGAAAAGGAAUGUCGUUGAGAGCGAGUGCUCGAGUGGGUUUUGAGAGGACGUUUGAACGUGACUCGUGCCCGCUGGACGCGUCAGCUGCGUAGGACCUCGGACGAUGCCUUCUGCGAACGCUACCAACUCAGGAUUCCGAGCUGUCCAGUGAAGAGUCCACAGCCCCUGAAGGAAUUCGUCGGUCGCUGCCAGACGAUGCCAUCGCGGGUGAAGAAGUCUUUCUGCGGUUGCCUUCAGGAUGACGAGCCACCGGAAAUCACGUAUUGCGUCGUGGAGCACACGGGUACGCUCACGCUUCAAGCGAUGACGCCCACCCUCCCGAUGCCGGCCGAGGAGGAGCUGAACAAGAUGUUCCUUGAAUUGGUCGACGAGCUGGACCUGACCCAGGCCAACCGGCAGGCGGUUCUGGCACUUCCGGCGAACAAAAAGUGGCAGAUAUAUUGCUCCAGGAAGGGCAACGGCACGCUGGAGAACGGCGGCCUCAGAACCACCGACCUCAGCGGCGAUCCUGAAGAUUAUAUCAACAGACUGAAAACCAUAGCAAGUAGUCCUUUUCCUGAAGAAGGCGAAGAAGUCUCGAACCAAAUGCGGCAAACGGAGGCCCUGAAGACAGCUCUGAGGACACAGCCACACAGUUUCGUAUUGAGAUUCAUAGAACUCGAUGGGCUGAACGCUUUAUUGCAAGUCCUUGGAACUAUGGACGCAGAGGCGGCUAACAGCAAUCUUCACACGAGCGUGAUAGGCUGUUUAAAAGCAUUGAUGAAUAAUUCGAACGGGAGGGCACACGUCUUGGCGCACCCGACGGCCAUCAACACGAUCUCCCAGUCGCUGGCGACUGAAAAUAUUAAAACGAAAAUAUCAGUUUUGGAAAUCCUAGGCGCCGUUUGUUUGGUACCAGGCGGUCAUCGGAAGGUCUUAGAAGCUAUGUUGCACUUCCAGCAGUAUCACUCCGAGCGAACACGGUUCCAGAGUAUAAUAAACGACUUGGAUAAGAAUUUCGGAAUCUACAAAGACAACCUGUCGCUGAAAACAGCGAUCAUGUCGUUUAUUAACGCCGUGCUGAACUACGGACCGGGUCAAGUUACUCUGGAGUUCAGACUGCAUUUAAGAUACGAAUUAUUGAUGCUCGGUAUUCAACCGAUCAUCGAAAAGCUCAGGAAAUACGAGAACGAGACGCUGGACAGGCAUUUGGAUUUCUUUGAAAUGGUGAGGAACGAAGAUGAGAAAGAACUGGCUAGGAAGUUUGAAAAGGAGCACGUGGACACGAAGAGUGCCACAGCUAUGUUUGAUUUACUGAGGAGGAAGCUCAGUCACACCGCUGCCUACCCUCAUUUAUUGAGCUUACUAGAACACUGCCUCUUACUACCACUCGAUUAUGGCUCGCAUCCGCAGCACUGGUUGCUGUUCGACCGGAUCGUGCAGCAAAUCGUUUUACAAUCGGAAGGAAACGAGUCAGGCACUACCAGAAACCCUGACGUUGCGCCUAUCGAGAUCAACGUGAAGGAGAUCGUGCACUUGCUGGCAAAGGAAGAGGAACUGGUCGCGGCCAGGAAGAAGGCGGAGGAACUGGAACGGGAGAACUCGGACAUGUCUACGAGAUUGGCCAAGAAGGAACAAGAGCUGGAUUUGAGGACCCAAGAGAAAGAAGACAUAGAGGCGAGCUUGGCGAGGGUGAAGGAACGUUUGGAGAAGGAGACGUCGAUGCACAUUGAGACCAAGCAGAGGAUCUCCGAAUUGCAGGACAACCUCGAGGCGUUGUCUCGACAGAUAAACAACGAGAAGUCGGAGAGAAAGCGGUUGGAACAAUUGGUCGCUUCCGGGAGUCUGCCGGACGAUGCCAAGGCGACGAUUAAGAUCGUGGAGGAUGAGAUUCUCGAAAAGGUUGAAGCGAAACCGAUGCCACCGCCGCCGCCGCCUCCACCCUUGGCGCCGCCGCCACCCCCGUGCUUGAUGCCAACUGCCCCUCCUCCGAUGAAGGUGGAGAUAAUUAAAAAUGUUCCUCAACCGAGCAACCCUCUCAAGUCGUUCAACUGGUCGAAGAUCCCUGAACAGAAAUUACAAGGCACUAUAUGGUCGGAGCUCGACGACACGAAAUUAUACAACGUGAUGGAUCUGGAAUCGAUAGAUAAAAUCUUCUGCGCUUAUCAGAAGAACGGCGUCUCGGCCGAAGGAUCGAUCGAGGACCUGAGAACUCUAGGAAAGAACAAGAAGACGAUGUCGGUGAUUGACUCGAGAAGAGCGCAGAACUGUACGAUCCUGUUAUCAAAAUUGAAGAUGUCCGACAACGAGAUUACAAGGACGAUCCUGUCUAUGGAUCAGCAGAAUAUUUUACACAUAGACAUGGUCGAGCAGUUGUUGAAGUACAUACCAUCGUCGGAAGAAGCUGCUCUUUUGGACAUGCAUCAAAAGGAUCUUCAAAGCAGAGCCGAUUGUUUCUUAUACCAAAUAUCCAAGGUGCCACAUUACGAGCAAAGACUGCGGUCCCUUCAUUACAAAAAGAAAUUCGCAGCCAGUAUCGCGGAAUUGACGCCGAGGAUGCGCGCGGUCCUCGAAGCUAGCCGACAGGUAGCCAGAUCCCGUCGGCUCCGAAAGUUGCUGGAAUUGGUCUUAGCUUUGGGGAAUUACGUGAACCGUGGGAACGCUCGCGGAAAUGCCUGCGGCUUCCGUUUGGCCUCGUUGAACCGUCUAGUCGACACCAAGUCUUCUUGCUCGAAGGGCACGACUCUGCUGCAUUACCUAGUUCAAAUAUUAGAGUCCAGGUUCAGAGAAGUGUUGGACAUCGAGGAAGACAUGCCUCACGUUCGAACUGCGGCCAGAGUCAGUAUGGUUGAUCUGCAGAAAGAGGUGGCGAACUUGAAGAACGGUCUUCAAGAUGUUCAAAGGGAAAUCGAAUUCCAUCGGGGCCAGUCUCAGGUGCUUCAGGGUGACAUGUUCUUGCCUGCGAUGAGAGACUUCCAGGCUCAGGCCACGUGUAGAUUAGCCGAGGCGGAGGAUCUAUUCCAAGACAUGAAGACUAGAUUCGACAGGGCAGUGAGACUGUUUGGCGAGGACUCGGCAGGCGUCCAGCCGGACGAGUUCUUCGGCAUCUUCGAGAAUUUCCUGCAAGCGUUAGCCGAGGCUAGGCAAGACGUAGAGAACAUGAGGAAGAAGGUCGAGGAAGAGGAACGUAGAGCGAAACAGGAACAAGAACUUCGGAAGAGGACGAUGGAGAGAAAGAAUUCUCGCGAGGGAAUAUUGAACAGCAUCUCCCUAAGUAAAAAGAACGAAGCGAACAGCAAUGGCCAGAACGACAACAAGGGUGAAUUCGACGACUUGAUCUCUGCCCUACGAACCGGGGAUGUGUUUGGAGAGGAUAUCGCGAAAUUCAAGAGAUCGAAACGUAGACCGGUAACGCCAAGUGGUCAGGAAUCACGCAGGCACAGCGCGCACAGGGAAGAUUCCCGGGAACGGCAUUGAAUUAUUCAGCGAUUUUAGUGACUCGAAUCGUCACGCGAUUAUGUGAUAGAAUGUUGGAGGAAAUCGAAUCCGUUUAGGAACAGGAGAGAGAAUUGAGAUAAUUACGAUAAGUAGGAAUUGUGUAAAUAGAAAGAAACGAAGACUACGAAGCUUUUUCCUACAUUUCUU